AUGGCUUCACCAAACGCGGCGCUAUCCGCUGAUGCCCAAGCACAUUCAUCUCCCAGCUCCAAACGCAUGUCGAUACAGCGUUAUUCAAAGUUCAAGGAGCGCUCUUUUAUUACCUCCAAAAAUGAGCAUAUACCGCUUCUUGAAUCCCUCUCCCAGAGCCCCCGGAUCGUGCUCCUCGGCGACUCCAUGAUUGAGCGCAUGCAGACUACCGGUCAAUGCACAAGCCUUGAACCCUGGCCGUCCGCUUCUCUGCUUGACGAUGCCCAUCUCGAAUCAGAACGCACAAAGGAAUGUCCAUACCAAAGGCUUGAAGGAGUUUUCUAUGCCGGCGUGGGUGGUGACAAGUACGAAAACAUCUUGUACCGUCUUUACGGCGAUGAGGAGCGGCAGUUGCCGGGGCUGGUGGAUGCGCUGAGGCCGCCCGACAUUAAGCUUUGGUUCAUACAUGCGGGGACCAACAAUCUUCACCCAAAGCGCGGCCUCCCUGCCGCCAGCGUCGAGGUUUUGCGACUUGUGCUAGAGACAAUAUUGGCCAUUUCGGCAUCCGAAACAAGGAUACUGCUCAGCGGGCUGUUUUACCGUGCAGAUGUAGCGGAUCAAUUGGUGGAUGAGGCAAACACUAAGCUGGAAGAUUUGGUGGCCUCGAUAAAUGAUGACGCCAAGACGGAACCUCGACUCUUCUUUAUACGAGCGCCAGACAGUGUGCGGAUAGAGGUCGAUUUAGAAGAUCACGUUCAUUUGAAUGCGAAAGGAUAUCGUUUGUGGUUUGAAUAUUUGCUGCCGAAACUAGCAAUUUAUUCAAUAUAG